AAAGUCCUUAGCGCGCAUCACAACAGAUGAGAGAGGUCUGUCUCUCCACUGGCCCUACCACCAUGGUCGUCGACAGCCAAAAGCACCAUUCGCGGAAAGCUUUUAGGGGAAAGGGAAGCGACAUGGCGAGAUAACAACGUUGUCUCAUAACCCUAGCGGAGAAGACAAGAAUCAGAGAUCAAGAACGCCGGAGAGUCGUCGGCCACGGGCUUCUUGUUAUCGACGAUGGAGGGUCGGCGACCGACGGCGACGCCGUGCUGCAGCAAGGUGGGGAUGAAGCGAGGGCCCUGGACGGCGGAUGAGGACGAGGUUCUGGCGAGCUUCGUGCGGCGGGAGGGAGAGGGGCGCUGGCGGACGCUGCCGAAGCGUGCCGGGCUGCUCCGUUGCGGCAAGAGUUGCCGUCUCCGCUGGCUGAAUUACCUCCGCCCUUCCAUCAAGCGCGGGCCCAUCGCCCCCGACGAGGAAGAUCUCAUCCUUCGCCUCCACCGCCUCCUCGGCAACAGGGUUCCUCUUCUUUCUCCCCCUGAAACAAACAGGUGGGCGCUGAUAGCUGGGAGGAUACCAGGGCGCACCGACAACGAGAUCAAGAACUACUGGAACACCCACCUCACAAAGAAGCUCAUCAAGCAAGGCAUAGAUCCACGCACCCACAAGCCCUUACCCUCUUCCACCGAUCACGGUUCCCCAGCGCAACUCGUCUCAUGCCAUCCUGCCACAGACCGCGACUCCAUGCCUCAAGAAAUGGGUGCUGGCAGCAGCGAAGCCAUCGCCAUUCGAAACGAUCGUUGCGGUUACUUCCAUGGCCUGGACCCGCACCACGACGACGUCGCCUGGCAGAACUGCAAUGUCUUCACGACGGACGGAGACCAAAUGCCUGCUUGCUACGGCGUCGAGGACGGAGGGAAAGGAACGGAUGCUUGCACUGAUGAUGUCUUCUCGGCUCUCUUCGAUUCCUUCGUCAACGAGGACAUGUUCAACACUAAUUGCAGUCAAGAUGGUAAUACCAACGAGGACGACAACAACAUGACUCCGCAGGUUGAGAUGAUAGAUCCUAUGGAUUCAGGUCUCGACCUCGAAGGUCUAUUGGAAGAUGUCUUCACUACUCCGGUUGAUUUGGAUGAAGGCAUUCCUGCACAGUGUAAAGAUCAUGCAGGCAAGUAAACCAUGUUCUUCGUUCAAAUCUUUCAUUUAAGGUGUGCAUUAUGCUCAGAGAACUGUGUGUCUUAAAUCCGUCACUUGGAAACGAGAUGGUGUGAUCCUUGGACGACCUUUUCUGCAAGUUCUAUUCACAGUAUCAUCGAGUUCUGCAAGAUCACCAACGCUACGCUGUACUUCUCGAUGACAUUGUUACGCUGAAAACCUGCUAAAAUUGUCAUAAAUUGUGAUUGUUUGAUUUCAA